GGACAUGGACCCCGAUAUACGAAGCAUAAGCUGGAGCUUUUAUCGUGAUGAAGUCUCUCUCUCACCUUGGAAGAACACACUUACGAAAACCCUCCGUCUCAUAUAAUCAUCUCUCAUCUGUAGUUAGCACACCAUGGCGACCGAUUCAACCACCUACCCCAAGACGAAAGCCAAUACCGUAAACAGAUACAAACAUCAAGCAACCUACGAUGUAGAAACCAUCCACUCAAUCGUCAAUAGCACCCCCGUGCUCCACGUCUCCUUCGUGCCCGACCCCACGACCCCCAUGCCCAUCGUGCUCCCGAUGAUCGGGCAAAUGGGCCUCUUCCCGGGAUCCCCAGACGAAGACUGGAAAUGCUACCUCCACGGCUACGUCAGCUCGCGGCUGAUGAACCUCGCCGACGCGGCCAUCAAGCUCGGGGAGCCAGGUCUCCCGCUCUGCGUCGCCGCAACCAAAGUUGACGGCUUUGUGCUGACCCUCACGCCCAACUCGCACAACUACAACUACCGCUCCGCGGUACUACAGGGCUUCGCGACCAUCGUGGACGACGCAGACGAGAAGCUCUGGGCGAUGCAGCUGAUUACGAAUUCCGUGGUUCCGGAGCGGUAUGAGAACACGCGCGUGCCCCCUGACGGUGCGGAGAUGCAGUCGACGCGGAUUCUGAAGCUGACGAUUACGGGCGCGAGUGGGAAGGUGAGGGAGGGGGUGCCGAAUGACGAGAGGAAGGACAUGAAGAGGGAGGACGUGCUGGACUCUGUCUGGACGGGUGUUAUCCCCGUGUAUGAGAAGCUGGGUGAGCCGCAAGUUGGACCUUACAACCGUGCCAAGAAGGUCCCGGAUCAUGUGACCAAUUUUGUUGAUAAGGAGAAUGCGUUGCGCGAGAAGUAUGCAGUGGAUGCGGCCCAUAAGCCGGCGCCCGUGAAAAGGGUCAAGAAGGGCGAGGAAGAAUGAAAGAGAACUGGGGAAGUCGUAUGGAGAGUCUCAUCUAAUUCAGAGCGAAUAUUGUGACA